CUAAAGCCUGUGCGGGAUUUCGGAUUUAAAGCGACAGAACUUUCUCCCGCCCAGCGGGCGGUGCCUAGAGCCGGACGACGGAUCUGAGCUGCUUGGAAAGGGGCGCGGAGAGGCGCCGGGGAGCCGGGACUUCUCCGGAGGGGCGCGCGCUCGUCCCCAGCCCGCCCUGGCCAGGUACCCGCUGGUCCCCGGCUCUGCGGACCAGGUGUGGGCGUUGGGGCGGCGUGGCCGCGGUGUCGGCGAUCUUCUCGUGCGAUUUACUCCAAAGUGGCUUAAGAACCGCGAGUUCGGUCUGGGGGCCAUCCGGACCGGAGCACGCGUAGCCCGGAGGCACCUGGCGCGGGGCGGGAGGGUGGUCCCAGCAGAGACCCCGGAGCUCAGGAGCCCAAGAGGUCCCGUGGGGCGGCCCCCGGGGGUCCCGGCGUGGAGACGAGGGCGGCGGAUUGGGGGUGAAGGCCAAGUGUCCCCUGCCGUGCCCGAGGCCCCGCCAUGGCCCAGCAGAGAGCCCUGCCGCAAAGCAAGGAGACGCUGCUGCAGUCUUACAACAAGCGACUCAAGGAUGAUGUCAAGUCCAUCAUGGACAACUUCACCGAGAUCAUCAAGACCGCCAAGUUUCCCCUGCAUCGUAGGGUCCUUGUGAUGACUGGAGGAGUUUAUCUGUGUAAAGCGGUUACCAUGGGGAUUAUUGCGAGCGCACGCCAUCAGGGAGAGAAGCCGGGGAAGGCCUCCCAGAUUGAGGACGAGACGCAGGUGUCAAGGGCCACUCAGGGCGAGCAGGAUAAUUACGAGAUGCACGUGCGAGCCGCCAACAUCGUCCGAGCCGGCGAGUCCCUGAUGAAGCUGGUGUCCGACCUCAAGCAGUUCCUCAUCCUCAACGACUUCCCGUCGGUGAACGAGGCCAUCGACGAGCGCAGCCAGCAGCUGCGAGCUCUGCAGGAGGAGUGUGACCGGAAGCUCAUCGCCCUGCGGGAUGAGGUCUCCACAGACCUCUACGAGCUGGAGGAGGAGUAUUACUCGUCCAGCUCAAGUCUUUGCGAAGCUAAUGAUCUGCCUCUGUGUGAAGCUUACUGGAGGCUGGACCUCGACACAGACUCCGCCGACGGCCUCUCAGUCCCUCUGCCGGCGUCCCCGGAGCCCAGUGCUGGCCCCCUGCAGGCUGCAGCCCCUGCCCACUCUCACGCCGGUGGCCCCGGCCCCGCAGAGCACGCCUGAGCCUCCCAGGGCUCCUCUCCCCGGGCCCCUAGACCUUAGGAAUGAAGUGCAGUGUUCCCCUCUAGGCCCACCACAGCCUCAGCUCCCUUCAGCCUUGGGGCCCACUUGGGGAGCCGCCGUGGCCUCUUUCGGAACCGUGUCAGCCCAGGGACAGCCCACCUAGGAGUGUUGGGGGAAAUCAAAUACCCCCAGCCAUGCCAGGGGGGCCCAUCCUUACUCUUGUCAUCACCUCUUAUUUGCUACUUUCCUGGCUGGCUGGAAGGAAGUUUACAGGAUAGUUUGUCCCGUUGAGGACCUAACGGCGGGGCAGGGAGGAUGCCCAGCCUUGGGACACCUGACCUGAGCGUGGUGUUUACGAUGGAGGACGCAAGUGCUCAGAGUGGACAGUACUAGCCAAGGCCAGGCCCCCAUGCAGAGCUCUGCCCGCCACCUUGCCCUGAGGCUCCCUGCGCUAGCUGACUGCCCCUGCAGGGCUGUGGGGAAAGGGGGCUGCCCACUCUUGCAGAAGUAGGCAGGGUCCUUCCUAAUUCCGCUGCUGUACACGUUUUGGUUCUUUUUGUGAUGAGACUGUUGAAUAAAACCAGCUCCACCCUU